AUGAGGAGUUUAAUAAAUGCAUUUAUCUUAGUAUUAUACAUAUUUAUAUUGUAUAAUACUAAAACAAAUGCCCAAGUUAGACCGGGACCAUAUAAAAAAAUAUCAAUGCUUCCAAAUUCAACAAUAGCUCAGGGAGCUUGGGGAAUGGAUGUAGAUAUGCCCACAUUAUUUAAUCAACCAAGAUAUGAUUUAUCAUUAUGGUCAACAAUAGCUUUUCCUUCGAUUAUGACUCCAUGUUCUUAUAUGUACCCAUUAACUAUUAGUGUAAAGAAUUUAAACUAUACUUUUGAUAGUAAUCCAAUUAUAUUUUCAUGUAAUAGUGAUGGAUUAUCUGGAUCAAUGUGGAUUUCAACAGCUCUAGGUCAAAUAUCUGUUAAUCAAACCUCUACAUAUUAUACAGCUUGUAAUAUAAUUGCAAAAUAUCUUACAGAUUCAACUCCAACAAUGAUUCAGACAUCAUCCGCAACAAAUUUUACAUUUUUAUUACCCGGAUUAGUGAUUAAAAAUGCAAUGGAUACUAUUUCACUUAAGGGAAUAUCACUUGGUCCCUUAUCUGAUCCUAAUUUAAACUGGCUUCAACAGCAUUUUUAUAGUUUGGAAUGGAUAGAUGUAGGGUCAACAUUAAAUCUAGCUUCACAAUUCACAGAUAUGGUUAUAAUACCAUUAAUUUACGAAUUCCAGAUACCAUCUUUUAUUUUACCAAAUAGUAGUGUGAUAGGUUUAACUAGCUCACAACAUUAUUAUCGAGAUUUAUUUAAUUUGACUCUGACUAGAGGAUCCACAAGAUUCUCUUCAUAUGAAUCAUCUGGAAAUAAGAUAUCUGACAAUAUUUGGAAACUAAAUAGUGCAUAUGCAGGUUUUCAUCCACCAGUAACACAAUCAGUACAAGGAGCUUUUAUAGCUAUAGAGAACAAUGUAACAGAACAACAAUAUAAUUCUGCAGUUCCUUUUGGAUGGACAAAUACUGCUAUUGGGAUUUCUCCGAUAAAAGUUAUUUUACCUUCUAACUUACCAUCAGAUAAUUAUACAGAAUGUUUAGAUAAUUAUUUGUUUUAUUAUCCUAUGAAUCCAUAUUGGAAUAAUUUUGUAAAUAAUACAAAGAAAUCAAUAUUUAAUCUUAAAUAUAUUUUAAAUAAUGAUACUUCAAUUUUAAAUACCAAAAUGUAUUCAAGAAAUACUAUUCAAACUAGUUUAUAUUUUUCAAAGAGACCCUGGUUAAAUGCACCAGAAUAUCCUGGACAAUUAAAUGGAACCCUUGUAACAUAUUUAACUUUCUCAAAUAACUUUUUAGGUGGUUGUUAUUAUAAUGGAACAUUUCCAUAUUUUCCAACAAAAGAGAAUUGUGGUUCAAAGGUAGGAUAUUGUGGUUCUCAAAUAUUUAAUACAUCUACUCAAUUUAAUUCUCCAUAUUAUCUUCCACCUAUGAAUUAUUUAUCAAGUCCAUCUCCAUUUAGCUAUUUCUUUACAAUUACAUCAUUAAUACAAUUUGCAAAUUAUAGGCAUAUUGGAAGUAUUAAGACAGAUAUUAAUGAUAAUGAUCGUUCAAUUUUAGGAUACUACCCAGGUAAUGGAAUUUCUCAUUCUUUAUUAUUAGCAACGUGUGUUAACUAUCCAUCAAUAGCCUACACAUUACCUACAUUUAUAAAUCCUAAUUAUACUCUUAAAAUCGGAAGCUCAUUUUAUCAAUUUAAUCAAAAAUAUAUCAAUAGGAAUUAUGGUUUUUAUGCAUCUCCCGGAUCUGGAAUGUCUUGCAGAGCAGCCAGAUUUAUCCCUCAAGCAAGUAGUAUGGAAUCUGUUAUGGUAUCUUGGCAGUGUAAACGUUUAACAAAACCAAUAAAUCAAACUUGGAUAGAAAUGGCAUUAUAUCCAAGAAUAUAUUCAACUUCAUGUGAAUCAAAUAGUUCAUAUGUAUCUUGUCUAAAUGAACUAAACCUAAAUAAUCAAUAUCCUGGAAUGAUAAAUAAUGCCUCUGAUCAGUAUAUUACAUAUUUGAAAGGAGGAGAUUUUAAUACAUCAUCUUCAUUUAUUAUUUCUCAGACACUCUAUACGGAUACAAUGGCAUAUACUACACCUUCUAAUAAUUGGAUUUCAGAAAAAGUUUUUGCUCCUCCAUAUGAUGAUUACAGUGCUCCACAAUAUUGUAUAAGUCCCCCUGUAAUGCCUGUAACUCCCACAAAUAUACAACAAGUAUUUAUGAUUUAUCCAACUAUAAAACCAUGGGAUCAUAUCCAUAAUACACCUUAUUCCUUUGUUAUACCAUUUGGAACUGAAUAUUCAAUUAGAUAUGUAGUUUCUAUUGGAAAUUUAACUGGUAUUGAUAGAGAUCAACAGUAUAAUAUUCAACCUAGUCUAUAUUGUGAAGGAGUUAGAAAAAUAAAUGGGAAUCCUAAUUUAAACACUAUAUCUGUUAAUGAUAUAAUAAAUCAAGGAAAUGAGAUAGUUUUAGUAACUCAAUAUCCUUCAAUACUAGUAUCAAAAUUUUCAAAUUGUUUACAUACAUUUAUUAUAUCCAAUGAAACUACGACAACUACUGUAUCAUAUGAAACAAUAGCACAGUAUACUCCCAAAGCUAAACCGGGGAUAUAUGUAUCUGUAGAAUUUGGAGCAGUAGAUUAUCCUCCAACUAUUGGAAGAUUAACAUUACUACCACCAAAUUCAUUCUCCAAUAUUGGUGAUGCAAUAUAUUUGAUAUUAGAUAAUGUUGUAUUUUCUAAUCCAGAACAAGAUGAUGCAUUUCCUAGUAGUGGGAUUAUAGCAUCAUCUAGUCAAGUUAUAUCAAAUAAUUCUACAGUUCUUUUCCUUGGAGAUUCACUAAAUCAGUUACCUUCCUCAAUAAGGUUACCAGCAAUAACAAAUGAAUGGUAUGUUUAUGUACGUGUACAAACAGUUAGUAAUUCAGGAUGUUAUAUACCUUGCAAACCUCCUAUUGGUGGAAGAGUAUAUAGUCAUUGGUGCACAAGUGAUCUAACAUUAUUAAGUGCAUUUCCAUGUCCUUUUGGAGUUGUUAAAAUGGCAUUAACAGAAAAUAUAUCAGAUAUAGAAAAUAUUAUUGCUGUAGUAACUCAUCAACUUGCUUAUACUUCAAUUAUAGAAGUAUUACAUAUGACUUCAGCAUUAUUUCAUCUUCCAACUAAUAUAUCACAGGUGUGGAAUACAUAUUUUGAUCAAAUAUAUACAGUUUCAAUAGAACAACAAACAAUACCUUAUUCAUAUGAUUAUGCUGGAUCUAAAUUAAUUACUCUUGACAUUAUUAGACAAAUUCUUGAAACAGCUUACAAUAAUCCAGAGUUAGAUAUUGAUACAAUUAGACCAUUUAAGUCUUUGAUGAAUAUUACUCUUAAUGCUGAAUGUACUAAUAAUCCUGGGACGUCUAAUUUAAUAUUGGAUAUUGUAGAUUUGUUAAUUGCUACAAAUGGAUGGGGUAUUAUUCUAAAUAAUUAUGUAUUUACAAAUAUUAUAGUCAAAUUAAUAGAAUCUGUUGGAAAUAGAUUCUCAUUUUGGUCUUCAUCUUCAAAUUCUUAUACUUGGAAAGGUUCAAAAAGUAAUUUGAUUUUAUCUAUAAUUACUAUUGAUCAAUUUUUAGCUAAUAAACCAACUAAAAUAAAUAAUCUUGUUGUUGGAAAUUUUGCAUUAAAUAAAAUAUCUUCACUAUUUCCAACUGAAUCCAUAUAUUUUGAUGCAUAUCCACAAGAAUAUGAAAUAGAAUCACUUUACAAUGCAUCACUUAAUUGCCCUAAUUAUACUGCUACAAUACUUAGUGUAAAUUAUCCUACAUCAGCUAUAUCUUCAACAAUAUUAUAUAAUAGUAAGCAGAAUCUAAAUAUUCCAACUUCAAUUGGAUUCUCAACUUUAUAUUUAUGUUCAAUAGAUUACUAUUCAAAUAAUUUUCCAACUGUGACAUUCACAUUACCACUAUCAUUUGAAAUUCCUGUUAAUGCAUCAAAUCUUUUAUGUGCAUCUGAAAUUAAUGGAAAAUGGAAUACAAGUUUAUGUAGUACUACAAUAUCUCCUUUUAACCAAGAAGCUUAUCAAUUUGCUAUUGAAUGUUCGUGUAAUUCUAUUUCCCCAUAUUCUCUCAUUGGAAAUGUAGUUAUAUCAUCUGAAUAUAAUGGCAACAAUAAUAAUAAUACUUUACCAGGACCAAUUCCAAUAAAAAUACCUCCAAUGGCAAAUCCGUGGUCAGGGUUCAGUGGCUCUUUACAUAGUCUUGGUAUUACAAAACAAAUGGCUAUGGAAGUGAUUAAUUCAUCAUAUGCUGGUUUCCUAUAUAUAGAUAACAAAGUUAGGACAUCACAUAUACCUGAAACAGCUAUUAGUUCUUUGGAUGGAAAUUCAGGUUUAGCUGGAUUAUAUACAGAAACAGGAAGGAGUCAAACAUCCAACAAUGUAAGCGUUACAUGGGGUAUUAAUGCUGGUGAAGCUUGGUAUAAAGAUGACAGUACACAAGGAGGUGAUGCAAAUAUUGAAACUUUCCUUUCUUGGGAACCCUCAAAUACUAGUAAUAAUCCAAGAUUCCUCCGUAGAGAUAUUGGAUAA